AUGACUUUAUCUUAUUGGUUGUCAGAAAGAGUUGGACGUCGUUGUGGAGGUCUACGUGUCCUUAACUCUUACUGGGUAGGACAAGAUUCGACUUUCAAAUUCUACGAAGUUAUCACUGUUGAUACCGCACACCCCGCAAUCCGUAGAGAUGCCAAGAUCAAUUGGAUCUGCAAUGCAGUGCAUAAGCACAGAGAAUUGCGUGGAAAGACAUCUGCUGGUCGCAAGUCCCGUGGUCUUGGAAAAGGUCAUGGUUUCUCACAGACAACCGGUGGAUCAAGGAGAGCAUGUUGGAAACGCAAGAACACCUUGCAACUUCACAGAAAACGAUAAAUCCAUUUUUAUUAUAUUAUGCUCUUUUGUAUUGCGUUUAUAUGGCAACAUUAUGUUAAUAAAAUGGUGUUUUAUCUGAAAAUU